UGAAAUCUUCUUCCUUCACAUCAUCUUCUUCUUGUUGUUGUUGUUGUUCAGAGCAAAACACCAAAAUCCAAUUGCAAUCUUGUCCUUUUGGAUUUCCAUUUUCAUCCUACUCAGCCAGAAAAGCUGUGGCCUUUUCCAUUCUGCUAUGCUUCUGAAGCAGCAUCGGCCACAUUUGAAGUAUACCCAACUCGCCAAUUGCUUCAUUUCUUCUUCACAAGCUGGUUUUCAGUAGCUCUUCAAGAAACCAAUGGCUAAACCACCAUACAAACUACAGGAAUUUGUGGCUCAUUCAGGCAAUGUGAAUUGUUUAAGGAUAGGAAAGAAGGCAUGCCGCCUUUUCGCAACAGGAGGGGAUGAUCAAAAUGUCAAUCUAUGGACAAUUGGGAAACCAACUUCUUUGAUGAGUCUCUGUGGUCAUACAAGUUCAGUAGAAUCCGUUGCUUUCGACUCAGCAGAAGUGUUGGUUCUUGGUGGAGCAUCAUCAGGUGUAAUAAAGCUUUGGGAUCUGGAAGAAGCAAAGAUGGUUCGCUCUGUUGCUGGACACAGUUCCAAUUGCACUGCCGUCGAGUUUCAUCCAUUUGGUGAGUUUUUUGCAUCUGGCUCCUCGGAUGCUAAUCUAAAGCUUUGGGAUAUACGGAAGAAAGGAUGCAUUCAUACAUACAAGGGUCAUAGCCAGGGUAUUAGUACAAUCAAAUUCACUCCAGACGGCCGUUGGGUAGUUUCCGGUGGAUUUGAUAAUGUUGUGAAGGUCUGGGAUCUAACAGCUGGAAAACUCUUGAAUGACUUCAAGUUCCAUGAAGGACGCAUUUGCUCCCUAGAAUUCCAUCCUCUUGAGUUUCUUAUGGCCACAGGGUCAGUGGACAGAACAGUGAAAUUUUGGGAUUUAGAAUCCUUUGAACUGAUUGGAUCUACUAGACAAGAGGUUUCAGGGGUACGUUCAAUAGCGUUUCAUCCUGAUGGACGGACCUUAUUUGCAGGACUUGAGGGUAGUUUGAAGGUCUAUUCAUGGGAACCUGUAAUAUGUCAUGAUGCUAUUGACAUGGAAUGGACAACACUUGGUGACCUCUGCAUUCAUGAUGGAAAACUUUUGAGUUGCUCAUUCCACCAAAAUUCAGUUGUAGUAUGGAUAGCGGAUAUAUCGCGUAUUGAACCAUAUACUGCUGGCUUGGAAACCAAGAACAAUGAAAGAACAGAGCAGCAACUUAGUCUUCAGGCGAGUCCAAUAGAGAAAGUCGAGGUUGGUGUAGGACUUACUUCUGGGUUGCGCAGUGUUUCUCCGGACAUUGAAUCAAAAGAGAUAAAGAAUAUAUAUGUUGACUCUUCUGGAGGGGAUCCUAUUGCUUUACAGAAAUCUAGGUCUUAUCGUUCUCCAAAAGUAGAUUUCUCAGAGGAAUCAAAGGAAAUGCUAAGGCAAAGUCCUGCAAAAGGUGUUAAUGCAAAACCAAAUGAACAAUCAGUAAAAAGAUCUUUCAUUUCACCUAACAUUGUACCUCGGGACAUUCCUCAUAGCAAGGACUCAGCAAAAUCUGGAAAUGAAACAAUCGCCUUUUCAAAGACAAAACCUGGGAUGUUACUUAGGCCAGCUCAUGCUCGGAGAGCAUCUACUGGCAUAUUUGAUUUUGAUAAUGUGGAUACCAAUAGUAAACUAUACAGUGCUAAAGACUGCAACUUCCAGGUGACAGUAGAAUCUCAGAACAAUGUCAAAGAAGCUUGUGAAGACAAACAUCCUAUUAAGAGUGUUACAGAGAAGUUUGAAAAGACCUUAACUCCGGACACAUUUUCCGACACAGACAAACGUGUUGAAUCCUCACCCUGCAGUGAAGAGAUUACUCCGGUUAAUAUCAAUGGAGUUGCUGUUGUCCGAGGAAGGACUCGUUCUCUGGUUGAGAGGUUUGAAAGAAAGGAAAGAACUCCUAUCAGUGAGGAUCAAACUAAGGCAUCCCUCAUCACAAUACAUGAAAGGAAGGAAAAAAAUCUCAAGGAAGACCAAAGCAACGUGUCCACCACCCCCACCACAAUAUUUGGGAGGAGAGAAACAAUUCCCAUUGUUGAAGAUCGUAACAACACACCCAACAUUCCCAGCACAAUGUCUGAAACUGAUAAAUCUCCCAACAUCCUGAAAGCUGAGCCUCAAAUUGAUGAAAGGAUCUCAAACUCUGCAAAUGAAGGGGAACUAAUCGAAGGUCUCAUGCAAACCCAUGAUGUAACAUUAAGUAAUCUUCGAUCACGUUUGACAAAAAUACAGGUAGUGCGACAUUUUUGGGACCGCAACGAUAGUAAAGGUGCCAUCAAUGCUUUGAGAAAGUUGCCUGAUAAAUCUGUUCAAGCAGAUGUUAUCAGUGUCCUUGUUGAGAAGAUGGAGAUUCUCACUUUGGAUUUAUUUUCCUCCUUACUUCCUGUGCUCGUAGGUUUGCUUGAUAGCAAGACAGAGAGACAUGUGAAGGUGUCGUUGGAUUUGCUAUUAAAGCUUGUAGCAGUUUUUGGUCCAAUGAUACGAUCAACUGUUUCUGCGCCUCCGUCAGUUGGGGUUGAUCUACAUGCACAGCAAAGGCGCGAAUGCUGCAACCAAUGCUUUAUGCAACUGCAGAAGAUCCAUAUGAUUCUUCCAAUAUUAGUAAGGAGGGGUGGCUUGUUGGCCAAGUCUGCACAGGAGCUGAAUUUAGUCCUUCAACAAUCCUAACUGAAGAUGAGUGUGAUCCAGCCACAAAUAUGGUUAAGCAGAAUUAUGUUACAGAAGAUGAAACCUUCUUGUUGGGUUAUUUUGAUCACAGCCCAACGAUUUUGUCUCGAUGAUUCGCACGCAUCGUCGUCGGCAGAGAAAAGUACAACAAAUGAACUGUGUGAGACAGCUGAAUGAAUGGUGUUUGGAUUAUUGGAAGUUGAAAGCAACCAUCUAAGGAUAUUGGUAUUCACCCUUCAACUUGUAUUUAGAACUCAUGAGUUUUCUUUGUAAAAUGCAAUGUCAUAUAUGAUGGCUAAUGAAAUGGGAACAUUGGAGUGUUCACUGUACAUUGAUAUCUUAAUUCUACUUGAAAACUCAAAUCCA